AUGGAUCCGACACUUUUGAUCAACGACAUCGUUGAGCACGAUACUUCCACGAGGAAGCCUGCUGAGUUUAACGACCUGCCUAUAUCCUCUACCGGCUUCCCUCAACAUAAAAGAAGAUGGAAGACCUCCGCUUUCAAGCAGAAGCGCGCCGGAGCAGCCGGAGCAACAACGCCUGCCGAACAACCUAAAGCCGGAAAGCCAUCUCAAGCUUCGUCUUCAGAUGUAGAUUUUAAGGAUAUUGAGAGACAACGCAUAGACCAGGAGAACCAGCAGAAGAUUGCAAAUAUGACACCCGCCGAGAUCGCUCAAGCCCAAGAAGAUAUCAUGAACGGUUUGAACCCGGCUCUCAUUCAAAGGUUGCUAUCGCGGGCCAACAUCGAAGAGCCUACUGGUCCCUCGCCUUUUGAUGCACCAAAACGAGAGAAACAACAAGAAGCACAAGACCCUCCACCUACGAUUAAAGUCGAAGACGCUGCCACGAACGAAGCACCGGAGAGCACCUCAGCGACUACACCCCACGCUCGCAAGGCCUCAAUAGAAUCGGCAUCGCAAAGUUCCCAUUCAGUUUCCCAAGAACCUUCAUUGAAAAAGGUGUCGGAUCACUACGAUGAAGACAAAGCUCCGACGCAAAUACCACCCGAUCUGUUUCCUAUUACCGACCAACCCAAGUCGGUUCAUUUUCCUGUACCACCAGCUUUGGCCGAUCUCGACCCUUCCGACCCGAAUUUCUUAGAAUCGCUGCACAAGAAAUAUUUUCCCAAUCUACCCGCCGACCCUAGCAAGCUCGCAUGGAUGGCACCCAUUCCUACCGAGGACAGUCCGGCUGACAAAGACUCCUCAUACUAUCCGCAUCCCGAGAUUGCUGUCAACGCUCUGCGCUUCGACUUUCAGGGCCGAUUCUUAUCACCAAGAGUCAGCCGAUCCAUCCCUUCUUCGAAGGGUUUACACCACCACGGCGAUGCCCCCGAGGCUGCAGGAUACACAGUUGCGGAGCUAGCUCAUCUUGCCAGAAGUGCUGUUCCUGCGCAAAGAUGUAUGGCUUUCCAGACAUUGGGGAGAAUUCUCUAUCGUCUCGGACUCGGUGAGUGGGGCAAGAGUGAGGAUGACCCUAUUGCUAUGGGAAUCUGGGCAGCUGUUAAGAAGGGAAGGGUCCUCGAUAGCUUGACUGAGGCUGCCAUGAACGAAGGCGGUCACAGAGGAAGCCGAGUCUACGCUACUGAGGCGUUAUGGCUGUUUGAGAAGGGUGGCUGGAAGGAGGAAUUCAAGGGCAGGUGA